AUGGCCUCCCCUCGCCACCCCUUUGACCCGCUUACAGCGAAAGAGAUUCAGUUGGCCGCCGACAUCCUAAUAUGCCGCUAUUCUGCAGAUACUGUCAUAUUCCGGGUCAUAACCCUCUGGGAGCCUCUCAAGGCCGCGAUGAUCCCCUUUCUUGACAUGGAACAUGAAGGAAAGCAGACGCCAACGCCCCCGCCUCGGCUUGCCAAGGUCCAAGCUCACGUUGACAACACCUUCUUCGAGUUCAAGGUCGAUCUCGGCCGGCAGAGCGUCGUCUCGGAGGAAAGACUGGAUGGCCGUCACUCACACAUCGAUAGCGACUACACGCGUAAGGCCGAGGUGGCGUGCAUGGCUGACCCUCGUGUCAAGGAGCAGGUUGCCGCUCUCAACCUCCCCGAGGGCGCUACAGUGGUGGUAGAGCCGUGGACGUACGGGCCGGACGGCAUGAAUGACAUGUCAAAACGGAUGACCAUGUGCUGGUUCUACAUGCGUCUCUCUGAUGACCCGGACGCGAACUACUACGCCUACCCCCUUGAUCUAUGCGUAGAGAUGUCGGAAGAGCUCAAGGUGGUCAACAUCUUCCAUCUUCCCUCCGGAGACCACGACCGGAUAAAGACCGAAGGCAAACCUCAAAAGUUCGACCGCCGAAAGAUCCACGAGGGGAGCGAGUACUACCCGACGCUCAACACGGAGCACCGCACCACCACCAAGCCCUACCACGUCUCCCAGCCUGAGGGGCCGUCCUUCUCCAUCGAGGGCAACAAGAUCAGCUGGGAGAAGUGGACGAUGCGGGUGGGCUUCAACUACCGCGAGGGCAUGACGCUGCACGACGUCCGCUUCGACAACCGCAGUCUGUUCUACCGGCUGUCCCUGGCCGAGAUGUUCGUGCCCUACGGCGACCCGCGCACCCCCUACCCCCGAAAAGCGGCCUUCGACCUGGGCAACGACGGGGCUGGGCUCUGCGCCAACAACCUCCAGCUCGGCUGCGACUGCCUGGGCCACAUCAAGUACUACGACGGUUGGCUGAGCACGCGCGCCGGCACGCCCCUCAAGAUGCCCAACGUCAUCUGCUGCCACGAGAUCGACGACGGCAUCCUCUGGAAACACACCAACUUCCGCACGGGCCGCGCCGCCGUCACCCGGUCCCGCGUCCUCGUCCUCCAAACCGUCAUCACAGCCAGCAACUACGAGUACAUCUUUCUCUUCUACUUCAGCCAAGACGCUUCCCUGCACUACGAAGUCCGCGCCACGGGUAUCCUCUCCACCGCCCCCAUCAACCUCCCCCCUACCACCACCACCACCACCACCACAACCCCACCCCCAUCCCACGGGACCGUCGUCGCCCCCGGCGUCCUAGCCCCCUACCACCAGCACCUCUUCAGCCUGCGCAUCGACCCGGCCAUCGACGGCCACGCCAACUCGCUCCUCGUCGAAGAAUCCCACCCGCUCCCCCUCCACUCCCCCACCACCCCCAACCCCCACGGCGUCGGCUACACCACCACGCAGACCUACAUCGCCCACGAGACGGGGCUCGACCUGGACCACCGCGUGAACCGCGUCUUCAAAAUCGUCAACGAAUCCGUGCGCCACCCGACCGCGCGCGCCCCCGUCGGCGUGCGGCUGCUGCCCUGCUACAGCCAGAUGCUGCUCGCACACCCGUCGAGCUUGCAUGCGAAGAGGUCUGAGUUUGCGGCGCAUGCGGUGUGGGUGACGAGGUAUGAUGAUGCGGAGCUGUUUCCGGCGGGCAGGUUUACGAUGCAGUCGCCGGGGGGGGAGGGGAUUGCGUCGUGGAUUGAGGGGAGGAGGAAGGGGAGGAAGGGUCGAGGGGAUGGGGAUGGGGAUGGGGAUGGAGAUGGAGAUGGAGAGUCGGGAGUCAGGAAUAGGGAUAUUGUCAUCUGGCAUACCUUUGGGUCCACGCACAACCCCCGUGCCGAAGACUGGCCUGUCAUGCCGGUAGAGAAGAUGAUCGUGGGGUUGAAGCCUGUAAACUUUUUUGAGAGAAACCCGGCGCUGGACGUGGCCCCCUCGACGCAGGAGAGGAAUCUCAGCGUGUUGGUGGAGGACGGGGAUGGGCAGGGGGAGAAGGGGUGUUGUGAGGGGGUUGAGUCUGUUGAUAUGUAG